AUGGCCAAUGAAAAAUAUAUAUCAGUGGAUGAAAAAGUUUGUGAGGCUGCAACAAAUUUUUCACGCUUAUUUUUCCAUUCUUUUGACGGAAAAAGAGGUGCUCUUAUUCAAAUGUUUACUCUGGAUAAUCCAACUUUUGUUUUUAAUGGUCAACCUUAUCAAGGAUAUGAUAGCAUAAAACAAUUUUUACAUGAUCACCCCGAUACUGAUCAUUCAAUUAACGUACUGGAUGGACAUCAAGUAGAUUUUAAUAUGGGAUACACAGAUCCAAUUCAUAUGGUAUGCAGUGGGCGCGUAAGAUCUGGAAAGUGCGUCAAACCAUUUACUUCAACAUUUUUACUUGUAAAAGAAGAUGGUUUACAUAGAGCAAAAGCAGUUCAAAUGAGAUACCUUUAUUAA